AUGCUUUCAUCUGGAGAGUCUUCUCUUUCCUCACGAGUUCUCAUAAACUAUGAGCUUCCUACCAUAAAGGAAACUUAUACAAGGCUUUUAACAUCUUGCUUAGCUUCAGAUUUGAGGGAGAGGUUGUGUCUUGAGAUUGAGAGGCUUGGUUUGAGUGUGGUGAUCAUGGGGAGUAGAGGGUUUGGUGCUGAGAAGAGAGGGAGUGAUGGGAAGCUUGGAUCUGUUAGUGAUUAUCGUGUUCAUCAUUGUGUUUGUCCUGUUAUUGUUGUUAGAUAUCCUGAUGAUCGUGAUGGAGGUACGAGGGAAGCUUGUUGUUGCUGCUGCUUCUGA